AUGGUCGAUUCAGGCGUCGUGACGCUGCAACCGAGCGGGCGGCAACUGUUCGUCUCGGUCAUCGACGGCCUCACAUCCGAUGCUCCGACGUUGUUCUGUCAGUCUCAGCUUACUCUCUCGGCGGUAGAGGCACUAGCCCAGUUCAAUGGUUUUCUGAACCUGCCGUAUGAUGCCUUCUCACAGUCCUCCACGGCCUGGGAUCAUCCCAUACCUUCUACGAGGCCGCGCUCUCGCAAAGCACCUCUCGACUCAUCUCGUACGACUUCAACGGCCACGGACUUUCCCCCCUACAAACCCCUCUGUCGAUCGAUUCCUUGGCCAAUGAUCUCAAGGAAUUGAUGGAUCAUUUUGGAGUCGAGAGCGCAAGAGGAAUCGUCGCCCAUUCGAUGAGUGGAUUGGUCGCAACUACUUUCGCGAGCAAGUGGCCCGAGAAGGUUGAGAAGCUCGGUAAGGACAACGUUGCGGCUCCCCUUGGCGUGGCUUUACAUAGGGUGGCGGUGGAAGCUGAUCUCGGCCUUCCGCGUCCCGCCUUCUCUGAACCCUCGUGUGAAAAAAUCAGUCCUCCUCGGCCCCAUGUCCGCCCUCCCCGACUCGACCCAAGCCGUCAUGAGACAACGAGCAGCGACCGUUUCUUCAUCCGGGCUUUCGUCUAUUGUCUCCAAAAUCGCCGAAUCCGCCACUUCUUCGCGCACCAAGAAAGAGUCACCCUUGACGCUGUCACUGAUUCGAGCGCUCGUGCUCGGAACGAACCCCCAAGCUUAUGCCGCUGCGUGUGAAGCUUUAGCGAGCGCCCAAGAUCCCGACUAUACCCAGAUCCGAAGCAAAAUGGUCGUUAUUGGAGGAUCGGAAGAUUAUCUCAGUGAUGGGAAGAUGAUCGACGCCAUUGUGGGCAAGAUCAAUGCGCCGAGAUCGACCGAGAGCUCUGUGGGCCUGGCGAGCAAAGUCGUCCUCGAGGGUGUGGGACAUUGGAUUGCGAUUGAGGAUCCGAAGAGGGUUGCGCAGGAGUUGAACAAGUGCUUUGGAAUAUGA